AUGACUUCCUUCGAUCCACUUUGUGUGAGCCCUGCAAAGUUGUCCAGCCUGGCUACCAUGAUGGUGAAGCUGUGCUAUCAAACCCAUCACCGUCUAAACCAGCCUCGUCCUCAGAAUUCAUUACUAUUGAGUGCUUCAGAAGUCAAUCGAAAGGUUUCUGCUCUGAAAGCAAGAGCAAAAAAUUCACAGGUUGAUAUAGAUUUUUCGUUGUGGGUUUAUCCAGCUCAGAAUAAACAAGUUACUGCAAAGAGAGCAAAGAUUCCUCCUUCACACUGUACCUUUCCGGCCAAUGAAUCAGCACGAGGUGCUCUUCAGCAGUUGCUAUUGAAGUCGAAGGGAUCUGGGCCUGGGGGCACUGCUGUUAUUGAGGACCAGGUCAUGGAUGGUUCAAUCGAGGAUCUUUUCGUGAGACUCAAGCAUAAGCGUGUACUAUCUGACAAAGAUGGCUCUGCAAAGGUGCCAAGAAUAACCCUACACAUCUAUGUCUAUGAAAUCGAAUGGGAUAAUGAAGAGGCUGACAAUUCACCUGAUAUUGUGGAGACUCGGCACAACUCAAAGGGCAAGUCAAGAGCGCGGAAAAGUGCUCCAAGUCGGAAGAGAAAACGAUCUGACAGCAAAGACUUGGCAUCUGCAACCCCAGGCCCAUCUGCGAAACGUGCUCUCUAUCAAAGUGAAUAUCAACGCCGGCCAUCAGCUCAAGGUUCUGCACAAUUCAGCUUCAAAACAUUCAAAUUUCGGCAAACCACCUGUACAAUUGCCACAGAUGGGACAAUCGAACCUACACACUGUGAAGAUCUAGAGGAGAUAUCUAUCGCACGAAACUGGCAGACACAACAUCGUGCAAAACAACUGGGUGGUGGAUACCUUGGGCAAGGACUGACAAAGCUUGCCAUUCGAGGACGGUACAAAGGACUCGAUUAUGCAAUCCUACAGUGCAAGCCCAUCAGUUCGUCGAGUAACACCAACAUGAAAGAUCUAUCAGAUGAACUAUGCCUUCUACACAAAGCCCAGUACUUCAUGGACUUGUUCUAUAAACGUGCACUUGCUCACGGUGUCAAAGGCCUACCUUGUGCUUUGUAUCGGGAGGUGAAGUUUUCUGGUAAUGAGCAACCAGGAAACAAUGAGGACAUGAUUGGACGUGUGGUGGAUGCCUACUCACACCAUGUUCUUGUAGACUCGAGUCCAGACCAUAGUGUCACAUUGUUCGAUCCUCAAGCUCAUAUUGAGAGUCAAGACUCGGGUUAUUGGGAUAAAGGCCCAGACCAAAUCCAGUUGUUUCAAGCCCUUCACGACUGUAAUCAAUUCUGCAAGGCCCUAGAACUUGAACAACACAUCCCAGGAUUCAAACAUUAG